UUAAUGUAGCAUCUUAAUAACCUCUCUCCUUCCUCCCCCUACCAUUAGAGUGAUACGUUAGGAAACCAGAGGACGAUCUGACUGAGAAGCACGCAAACUGUAGAUAAACGCCAUGACAUUGUAUCUGAAGUGAACGAAUGGAAAUUGAACGCGAAUGGAAGCGAUAUAUCAUGUAGUGGACACCCGCUAGCCACCCCCUCUCCUUGCUCCUAAGAAGCCAUGCCACAAGGUGACAAGGUCGAAGGUGAAAAAAGACGGGGAUGAAAAGUAAAUGCAGUGACAAGUGACGGUCGAGUGAAUCGAACGAAGGGAAGUGAUGCCACCGAGGAUCGUGUUGCCAUCAUCAGACAUCGAACGAUCGAGCCACCCCCUAAUUGACCGAUCGACAUUUUAUCGUCCCAGAUACAUCAUCGUUGGGGCUGGUCUGUCUGGAUCUGGAUGCGAGGUGAACAACGUCGCGGUUCAUCGCGAACUUGUACGCUAAAUUAUCUUCUACCGGACGCACCCGCAUGCCCAGUCAAACGGUGGCGUCGUCAGCUCCGGUUACAGAUUCCGAUUUCCGUGCCAAGAAUGUCAGACCGAGGAGACCGAGCAAGAGCACGAGCAGCAGCGCUCGAGCGAGCUGCCAGUUGUCGGGAUCGUUACACUGCCAACCACCACUGGUGGGAGGCAUAGCUCAUCCUCGGUGCAUCAAUUGAGAUGAUUGAUGAUCAAACUGAUUACUCCCACACGCGAGCACUCACAGCGCUCGUUGCAACCCGGGGGAAAGUGCAACGAUGCAACAGAUGGCAGCUGCAGCUGCCACGAUCCAUCGGCUAGCAGCGUAUUAAGGCGCAGCGUGCUGGCUGGCAGGGUUGGAGAGGUUGUAAGGCGAAUGAAUUAAUCGACGAACACGAAAACAGUUCGUCGUCCUGGUCUGACCUGGUCGUCGUAGCGUAGCACUCACCAUAUCCCCGGGUUGAGUAACGGGGCGGGAUCGACAAACAACUUGUGUCGGAACGACCGGAUGCGAAUUUGGAUCGAAAUCAAUUUUGAGGGAUGUUAGUACGAUGUACGGGUAGCAGUAGGACUGCAGCAGCCCAACCCCAAAGCCCUCCUGUUGAGUGCGCUCGGUCAGGGUCUAGCAGGGCCAACGCUCAUCGCUCUGAGAACGUGAUCGAAAUGCUUUUGUUUGCGUUACGCCUAGGUAAACGAGCACGAUUCCGGUCCAGUUGCCUCUGGUGAUUGACGACGAACUAAGGAAGUGAAGCGAAUGAGUAGCAGCGAUGGAAUCGGAGUGAAUUUCUGUGGUACGAUCCACUGCUGCUGCCCUGGCAUCCUUCGCUUGCUGCAGCAUUCCAUCUUAAAUCAUUCAAUGGCCAACGGGGGAUUGUUUUUGGGGGUUGUGGCUGCGCAAACAUGCGCCCAAAACAUUGUAGACCGUGGCUGCAACGUGAACGUGCAGCAAUCUGCUUUCAUCACUUUACGAUGGAACCGUCCUGUUGGCAUGGGUUCGGUGCGUUUUAGGACGCGAAAUUCGAUUCGAAAAUAGUAAUCACAGCAACAGCAGCACCACCUGUCAGUGGUCGGUGAGUUAAUGAAAUGCAAACACAUCAUCCGUCGCGAUUGCACUGCCGCUUUCCUUUCGCGGAUUUCUUACCGACACUCUCCGCGAGUGAACUCUCACGUGGAGUAAACCUAAUGGAAAUAAAGUGGACGAUAAAAUGGGAAAGAAAACGACGAAGGCAGGACACUGGAACCAAACUGGAAAAUCAUACCACCGUCAGACGCAAUGGUAGUAAGGAUAGACUAUAGGACUCGCCUAUGGCUCCCCGCCCCAUUGGCUUAAUGUUAGAAGGUGCUAGUGCUCUCUAGGGUCAACAUAAUGGAAUAAUACAAAAAAGCAAUAUUUAAUUUAAAUUACAUAAGAACAACUUAUCGAAUAUGGAAACUCAAUUCAUAGCGCAUAGCGUAGGAGACAGUGAACUGGGUUUGCGAUGCGAAAUUGACUCCCGGGCUCACUUCAUGUAACUUCAUCUGUGCCCCUGCUUCGCUGUCUAGGUAACAGUAUGCAUGUUAGUCCGUUAAUCCAAGGGUGAAGCUUCACUCUCCCCAAAAAUUCAGCUACCUUUAAACCGAUUCCAAGCCUGGAAAAAAAAUUAAGCACUGACGACAUUGUGUUGAGGCUUUUCUAACCGGCAAACGGUCCUGUUUCGUGUGAGGUCGGUUUUUUGCAACCACCUGUGACAGUGACAGCAUGCAGUUUGCUGAUUGCUGAUUGCUUAUCAGUUGCAUGGAUUUGCGUUUGUACCUGACGCUGUUAUUUGUUUAUUUGUAGGUUUUUGAUUAACAUGUAGACGUUCUAACAGCGAGCGUAGCAGAUUGCCCGAUGAUUGUGCUGCUAGCACCAUUCUUUUAUUCUCGUUUUUAGUUUUGCGAUAAAUUUCUAUCCACCACCCACCGAUGGGUGGUUGGGCGAAGAGACUGAAGAGACAAACCACGAUACCAUGACCUACUUUGA